AUGGAUGGCCCAAGCUUAGUGGCUAUUCUCGAACAGCCGGCGCUCUUUAAACAGAGGGCACCGGAGUUGAGAGAAGACUUGCUCGACCUCAUCAAGCAGCAACAGAGCCAGAUCGAGGAACUUCAGGCUGCUCACAGCACCGCGCAACACGCCAAUGUUGCAUUCAAGCUGGCCCUUUCGGAGAUCGGUACUGUGGUCAUUUCCGUCGCGAUGGGUGACUUGUCCAAGAAAGUUGAGAUCCACUCUGUGGAGUCCGACCCGGAAAUCUUAAAAGUGAAAAAUACGAUUAAUACUAUGAUGGAUCAGCUUCAAACAUUCGCCAGUGAGGUUACUAAGGUUGCAACCGAGGUGGCCAACGGUGAGCUUGGUGGCCAAGCCAAGAACGAGGGUUCCGUUGGAAUUUGGCGCUCUUUAACCGAUAAUGUGAAUAUCAUGGCUCUCAAUCUUACCAACCAGGUCAGAGAAAUUGCCGAUGUCACCCGUGCUGUGGCUCGUGGUGAUUUGUCCCGGAAAAUUAAUGUACAUGCACAAGGUGAAAUUUUACAAUUACAGAUGACUAUCAAUACAAUGGUGGACCAGCUUCGAACUUUUGCGUUUGAAGUGUCCAAAGUGGCUCGUGAUGUCGGUGUUUUAGGUAUAUUGGGUGGUCAAGCCUUGAUUGAAAACGUCGAAGGAAUUUGGAAAGAGCUCACAGACAAUGUGAACGCUAUGGCUUUGAAUUUGACAACUCAGGUGCGUAAUAUUGCAAAUGUUACCACUGCAGUUGCUCAAGGUGAUUUGAAUAAGAAGGUUACAGCCGAUUGUAAUGGUGAAAUUCUUGAGUUGAAGCUUACUAUCAAUCAGAUGGUGGAUCGGUUGCAAACCUUCGCUUUUGAAGUGACUACUUUGUCCCGUGAGGUCGGAACGGAUGGUAUCUUGGGAGGACAAGCAAAUGUUCGUGACGUCGAGGGUGCAUGGAAAGCUGUCACUGAAAAUGUUAACCUCAUGGCCACUAAUUUGACUAAUCAAGUGAGAUCUAUUGCCACAGUUACCACAGCAGUUGCACAUGGUGACUUGUCUCAAAAAAUUGAUGUGCAUGCACAGGGAGAGAUCUUGCAAUUGAAAAACACAAUCAAUAAAAUGGUGGACUCUUUGCAACUCUUUGCUUCAGAAGUUUCAAAGGUUGCUCGAGAUGUCGGUAUCAAUGGUAAAUUGGGUAUUCAGGCUCAAGUCUCGGAUGUCGAUGGCUUGUGGAAAGAAAUUACUUCGAAUGUCAAUACAAUGGCAUCUAAUCUUACAUCGCAAGUGCGUGCUUUUGCUCAAAUUACUGCUGCUGCAACCGAUGGUGACUUCACUCGAUUCAUUACUGUCGAAGCGUCGGGUGAGAUGGACGCCUUGAAAACUAAAAUCAAUCAGAUGGUUUUUAACUUGAGAGAAUCUAUUCAAAGAAACACUGCUGCGAGAGAGGCUGCUGAAUUGGCUAAUAGCGCAAAAUCUGAGUUUUUGGCAAACAUGUCGCAUGAGAUCAGAACACCCUUGAACGGUAUCAUCGGAAUGACUCAGUUAUCUCUCGAUACCGAAUUGACCCAAUAUCAGCGAGAAAUGUUGAGCAUUGUCCAUAACUUGGCAAAUUCUCUAUUGACCAUCAUUGACGAUAUCCUCGAUAUUUCUAAAAUUGAGGCAAACAGAAUGACAGUUGAACAAAUCGAUUUUUCACUCCGAGGCAACGUCUUUGGUGCUCUUAAAACCUUAGCAGUUAAAGCCAUUGAGAAAAAUUUAGACUUAACAUAUCAGUGUGAUUCCUCAUUCCCUGAUAACCUAAUUGGUGACUCGUUCAGAUUGCGCCAAGUGAUCUUGAAUUUGGCAGGAAAUGCGAUCAAGUUUACUAAAGAGGGUAAAGUUUGUGUAAGCGUUAAGAAAUCAGAUGCUAUUGCAGAAGAUCCAAACAAGCUUCUAUUGGAAUUUUGUGUGAGUGACACUGGUAUCGGUAUCGAAAAAGAUAAGCUUGGCUUGAUUUUCGAUACUUUCUGUCAGGCUGAUGGUUCCACUACCAGAAAAUUCGGUGGAACUGGACUUGGUCUCUCUAUUUCCAGACAAUUGAUUCAUUUGAUGGGCGGUGAAAUUUGGGUCACUUCUGACUACGGCAGCGGAUCUAAUUUUUCCUUCACGGUGAGCGUAUCUCCUUCUGACGUUUGCUAUUCCAGUUGCAGUGAACAACUUCUUCCCUUCAAGGAUCACCAAAUUCUUUUCUUGUCUACAGACCAUACCGAGUUUGAAUUGGAGGAAAUUCGUCUGCAAAUACUUCAAUUGGGCCUCCAACCAGUUAUUGUUCAGGACAUAACUGACGCUGAUUUGGCAGAACCUAUUCCCUUCGACAUCAUAAUGAUAGAUUCUAUCAAGAGCGCUCACGAGCUCAGAUUGAAGUCAGAGGUCAAGUAUAUUCCUUUGGUGCUUGUUCAUCAUUCUAUUCCCGAGUUGAACAUGAGAGAAUGUAUCGAUCUCGGUAUUUCAUCAUAUGGAAACACUCCGUGCACCAUAUCAGAUUUGGCAAGUGUGUUGAUUCCUGCCUUGGAGUCUAGAUCUAUUGCCCAAAAUACGGACGACUCAGUUUCAUACAAGAUCUUGUUAGCCGAGGACAACUUAGUGAAUCAAAAACUAGCUGUGCGGAUUCUUGAGAAGCAAGGCCAUCAAGUCCAUGUGGUUGAAAAUGGACUUGAAGCAUUCCAAGCCAUUUGCAAAAAUAAGUAUGACGUCGUUUUGAUGGAUGUUCAAAUGCCUGUUAUGGGAGGAUUUGAAGCUACCGAAAAGAUUCGUCAAUGGGAGAAGAAGUCAAACCCGAUUGAGUCCCUCAGUAUUCGUACACCUAUUAUUGCUUUGACCGCGCAUGCAAUGUUGGGUGACAGAGAAAAGUCCUUAUCAAAGGGAAUGGAUGACUAUGUUUCCAAACCACUUAAGCCCAAAUUGUUGAUGCAAACAAUCGUCAAAUGCAUCCAUAAUAUUAAGCAGUUGAAGGAAUUAUCGAAGCAAAACAACAACAACAGAACAUCGGAGUUUGCUAAAAAUCUCAAAAAGAUCAAAGAUUUCGAUGGUCCAACAAAUGGAUGGCCAGGUCGUGAUUUGAGCUCAAGCGAGACACUAUCUACUCCAGUGCAAGAGGUACCCGGAUCUGCCUGUUCCUCCCCUAUGGAUAGAGGAGAGUUAAAAAGCACACUCUCUGGAGAUAUAACACCUUUAAGUGGGCCUCUGUUGCCAUUUGACAAGUUCUAA